AUGAACGGCUUCAAUCUCUUAAUAUGUGCAAUUUCAUUUCUUUCAUUGGAGACCAUUGAUGUAGAGGGUUAUUUAGGUAUGAAUUGGGGAAGGUUGGCAACACAAAGAAUGAUACCAUCCAUGGUGGUUGACUUGUUGAUGCAAAACAAGAUCAAUUACGUGAAGCUUUUCAGUACAAGUGACAAUGUCUUGGAAGCCUUUUCAGUGACUGACAUUGGACUGGAAGUCACAAUGCCUAAUGUACAUACACAGAAGCUGAAAAAUCAAGCUGAUGUGAACGACUGGGUGGUUCAGAUUAUUGUAAGGCAUCCCAAUGUCCAUUACACAUUAGAUAUGAAGGGAUCUUGUUCAAAGGAGGAAGAUGGUUUGCAAGUUUUGAGCGACUUGUCAAACAAGGAAGAUGGGUUCCAGCCAUUAUCGACAAGAUUUCCCAAUCAAACAUAUCCCGAAGCUAUUCAGAGCUACAAUGCUCCAAUUGGACUAGAUGUUUUCCCACUCCUGAGUGUUAAUGAUCUGUUCAACGGUGACACCGAAUUUACAUUUUUUGAGCACAAAUCCACCUCAGUUUUCAAAGACAGGGACAAGACCUACUCCAAUGGUUUUGAGGUUAUGUAUGAUAUGUUCGAUGUUGCAUUAGAGAAAGUGGGGUGUCCAAACAUGACAAUCAUUAUAGAUGCAAUUGGAUGGCCAACAGAUGGAAUAAAAGAUGGGAACAUCCCAAAUGCACAGAGAUUCCAUCAGGGCUUAGCUAAAUUUGUAGCAAGUAAGAAAGGAACUCCUCGACGUCCUGGUCCAGUUGAUGUUUACAUCCGUAAUUUGUGGACUACGUUUUCUUAA